CAAAACACGCCAGCCAUGUUACCCUUCGGUCUGGAGGAGGCGGGCCGCCUGGUUUUCGCCGCUGUGCUCCGGUUUUGAUGCAUGGAAAUGUAGCGUGUGUAAACUGAGCAAAACCCAAACUGUCCCAACUUACAUUAGGGGUAGGUGGUGCAGAGAGGUGAGGCCAUGCAGGCAUGAUGGGGGGGGCAGGGGUACCGCGCUAGCUUCUUUGGCUCUCAUUAAAAAAAAAGAAAUGGAUUGGAUAUCAUGGCUCUGUUUACAACAUAUAACAAGCGUCUCUUUAAUUAUUUGGAUGGUGCCUUAUUUAUUUUAGUUUUGUUGUUUCAGGUCAGAAACUCGAGUCCCGUGUGAUUCUGGGACAUUUGUUCUUCAUUUCGAGCCAAACCCCCAAACAUGCGGUGUUUAAAUCAUCUAUCUACCCGAUGGGCCUCAUGUCAGUCCAUUCAUUUGUUCGUGCGUUAUUAUAUUGAGUUGCUGUAAUUAGUCGUGUUGUCCACUAGAUAAUUUUUACUGAGAGGUUGAAUUAGCUGCUAACAUGAAACUUGGCCCAUUAACUGGGAGGUGUAUCCACAGAGAGUCUAAUUGAUUUAUUUUUUUUUUCGUUUGUGUGCUCUGCAAAAAGUCCACCUAGACAUCAAAAGUCCACCAUUGAAUGUCAUUAACUUUUUUUGCUCAUGUGUACAAUGUGGAGAACUGUGCAGUGAUAUUAUUUUUUCCAUCAGUACCAAAGCUGGUAUACAGUAUUACACGGUUGUUAAUAUAUAUUUGAGAAAAUGCUUCAAGGACGUUGUUUUUUCUUGAACUAUUUUUGGAGGGAGAUCAAUCCGAGGGGUGGUCUUGAGAUCUAUGACCACAGCAGCAUGUUCUCCUUGCAGCGUUUAUUGUCAUUGCACAACUGUAAAAUUGCAACUCCUCCCUGUUAAAGACAUAAGUGCCGGCAGUGACAGUCCUGUUAGAAAACUUUGCAUGAUGACUUGAAAAAAAUCAGAGGUGUGCUGCUUACAGUAGUAACUUGUGACGUGCAUUAGUGUUAACGACCACCUUUUAUACACCGGCUGUAUAAACACCACCUGUCCUUGCUGGAAAAUCCCAUCAACUCCCACGUACUCGGGCUCCCUCGUUUUUUCUUGCCACCUGGAUAUUUUAAAGAGGGCUGUGGAGUUGGUUACCAGCCAAAAUGGGGCCACUGAAAAGACACACUCCAGACUUGCUUAGAGAGUUUGAGUGGUGCAGCUCUUUAUCUGGUGACCCCUCCUCCUUUCUUUCCAAGCUCACUCAGGUUUCAGCAUAUUUUCUCUCUCCCUGGGCCUAACAUGGCUCCUCCUUUUGAUAAGGGGUGGACAGAGAGGCUGCCAAACCAGGAGGAAUAAGUAGUUACGUUGCAUGUUGAUGUCAGCUGGUAGUGGUUACCGCAUCCUAAUUAAAAUCUCCUGAACCCCUCCGUCUGCGCAGUAUCGGUGUGUUCUGUCCAAAGUAUUGGCAGUUUAGUACAAAAAUUCAGAUGUUUUUCUGCAGCAAAGGUCCACACGAUGCAACGCACCGUGCAACCUGUCAAUCGGAUCCUUUCUUGAAUGGCCUCUUUGUUUGUCCACUGCUGUCCUGUUUGACCGCCAGGCUGUACGCUGGGUUUCCUCCAACCAUCAAGCUGGCGACUGUAGCGGCAAAGAAGGGCAAGAAGGCUGAGGAGGAGGAACAGCCUGCAGCACCUUCAGCAGCACCACCAGCAGCUGCAGCGGCGCCAGCAGCAGCAGCAGCAACAGCAACAGCAGCAGCAGCACCAGCUGCUGCAGAGGAGGAGGAAGAAGAGGAGUAUGUGGUGGAAAAGGUUUUGGACCGCCGGGUGGUGAAGGGCAAAGUGGAGUUCCUGCUGAAAUGGAAAGGAUUUUCAGAUGAGGACAAUACAUGGGAGCCCGAGGAAAACCUGGACUGCCCCGACCUUAUCGCAGAGUACAUGCAGAAACACAAAGAGAAGGAGGAGAAAAAGAAAGAGGCCAAGAGGAAAGUACCCACAGAUGCCUCUGGAGACUCAGAAGAGCGAGGAAGCAAGAGGAAGAAGGAGGAGGGUGAGAAGGCCAGAGGUUUUGGCAGAGGGCUGCAGCCGGAGAGAAUUAUCGGCGCAACAGACUCGAGCGGAGAGCUGAUGUUCCUCAUGAAGUGGAAAAACUCAGACGAGGCCGACCUGGUCCCAGCCAAGGAGGCAAACGUCAAAUGUCCGCAAGUCGUGAUCUCAUUCUACGAGGAGCGCCUCACGUGGCACUCCUACCCCACAGAAGAGGAGGAGAAGAAAGAAGAGGAGAAAAAAGACUAGACAAAGAGGAGAGGGAAUGGUGGCAGUGGAGGGCAGGACAUCUAUUACACACCCAGGAACUGUUGUCCAAGUUAUUUGACUCUAACAGCCACUUUGGCAGCAUAAGUGUGGGUGGUUGGGUGGGUGGGUGGGGGGGGGGCGACUGCCAAAGUAGCUGACAGAGGAAAAAGAAGUUGGUUUCCUGCCCUGCGAGGAUUCCUGAAAAGAUGCUCCCACCUGUAUCUCAAGUGAAAAAAUAUAAGCUGUUUUAAAGAGGUAUGUUGACACUUAGACUCAUGUUUUUCUGUUUGUUCUGUAAGUAUUCCUUGGAGGACGGUGUGAGGAAUCCCAGACAGCGAAAGCACGCUCGUCAAGUUACCUCUUUAACUAAUUAGCGUUGAAGAGAGAAGCGCGCUAAACGUCGGCUGCGACUGGCAAGUUUCUCUUCCUGCCAGUCGCCGGUCCUCAUUUAGAAAUCGUCUUUUAAAGCAGCAUGUUCCCGUGGGGUCAAACGGGUCGGAUGCACGGGAGGGAACGUCUUUGGCGAGGUGCUGUAGUUGGGUGAGGUAUUAAGGAGUAAAAAGGGUGGACAGAAACCAUUCUACUGUUUAAUAUCUGUUACUUGUGCCACCUCAUUUCUCAUUAUGACUGACAUACCACUGUUUAUUUCAAAAUGCUCAAACACCAAAUGAUGACUGUACAUUUGACUCGGACGUGGGCUCGCGAGGAACGGUUGCAGUCUUUGUGAAAACACCACCAGUUGUUGGCCUUAUGUGUCCUACCAGCCAGCGUGGCAGCUAUAGAUGAUGCCGAAACAUCAAAGAAAUUAAUCGACAGAAUGUAUUUCAACAUUACGUCUUCUCAGUAAUGAUCGUAGCUACUGAUGUCCUUGAGAAGCACGCGGCUCACUCCAACUACACCCGGCCGAGGCAAGAUAAUACUAACUGCUACUUUAUCUGAAACCAGGUGACGAGUAACCACAAUACUUAACAGUAGCUGCCGCAUGAGCUUAAAUGGACAGGCACACUGAAUGCCUUAAGAAGCUGUAGGUUUUCAGUUCAUCGCUGAAUUAAUUUCUACAGAGAUUAGCUGGAAUCUUCUGGCUUUUGAGCAUCAUUUUUUUUCCAAAUCCGUUAGCUGUUGUCAUGCUAAAAUGUGUUUUUUUUUUUUCUUUUUCUUUUUUUUGUUAUUGCUUCUAGACGUAAGGUACAUUUUACACUGUAAGGAUAUGUUCUUUUUAAAGCAUGCUUAAUACGUUAGGAUGCUGCAACAAGCUGUUCAGAUUUGGGAUCAUCAAGCACGUUCCCCUGGAAUAAGCCCUUCGGUGUUCAAACCAACAGGAAGCUACCUGUAGGUGUAGCAUGUGUGUAUCUGGUAACUCAUCUACCAGCUGCAUUGUCACCAAACCAGCCAACAAACUUGUUUGACUCAUGAAACAAUGGAAGUGGCUUGUUAAUAGUGCUGCCACUUUGGCUGCUAGGUGGUGGUGGUGAUGGUGGUGGGGUUUGCUGACGAGACGACAACUCAGUUUCUCAGUAGGUACAUGCUCCAUCACAAACACAACUGUGUUUUAUUGCUAACAGAGGUCAUUCAAAAUACCUUGAAGUCUAUUAUUUCCGUUUAACGUUAACCCAGUACUGUUUACUAGGCUGUAUUGUUUUAGCUUACACUGCCGGGGCACCUCUCAAGACAUUGGAAUUCUUCUGGUUUCUUUGUGUUUUUUUUUUUGCGUUUAUGGUUUUUUAACACAACUUUUGAUGCUGAAAUAAAACCGGAUGCAACUUUUCAAUUAGGCAAGCUCAGUCGGAUCAGUUCAUUCGGAGGGUUCCUCGUGUUUAUUCUGCUGCCCAAUGUUUUAUGUGUUGAAUGUAGCCCGGCUAUGUGUAUCGAUAUGUAUACUGUAUUAAAGUUAGCAUAGUAGCUUCUUGUUAGCCACGGACUGAGUGUAAAAGAUGGACGAAGCGUGGGGGUCUAAAGAAAGUCCGUGCAGAUGUCCUUUCUUCACAUCCAAAUCAGACCACUGCAGACUCCAAUGAAAUCCAAGAUGGCAGCAGCCAAAUGCCAAAUUUGAAGCUUCAAAAAGGUAGCGCACAAACCAAUGUUUGUGGCUACAUCCAUCUUUUGUACACAGUCAGUGCUAUUAGUACACCUAGGCUGGCUAGUUCGAACCUCUUUUCAGUCUUUUUGCGACUUGACAUUUCUCAAGAACCAAACUUGGCUAAAACAACGGUGACCUGUGCCACAGCAGUUUUUAAAAUAUUUACAUUUUCUAACAGUAUUUUGAUUCGUUUUAAUAAGCCUUAACCCCAAGUGUCAUGUCAUCGAUGGAUGGCAUGGAUCGACUCUGCAGGCUGCAUAAUAGCGGUUUUAAAGGUUCACUUUAAAAAUGUUUUUUCUUCUUCUGACGGUAUUUUUGUGGCAUCCGAAUCCUGCAUCAAGUAUGAUGAAUGAGACGUUCUGUUUCAUCAUUAACAGGAGGGGAUUGAACUAGCUGCUCCUGGGUCUCUUACUUAGCUUUUCUGUCUUGUCUCUGAAACUUCUGUGUAUUUAGGGUAUUAGCUUGUGUUGUGCUGUUGCAUGUUCAUUGGUUUCCCUUGCAAAGUUACUGUCACUGCUGAUCUUUUCAUUUGUUUUAGACAAUAAACGUUUUCGUUUUUGUAACAUUUUG